UCGUGUGCUUGCGCAGCCACGGUCGCAAGCUCGGCAGUCUGUCGCUCCGUUGCCGGGAGCGUGCGAGUGCGGCCCGCGAGCGGCCUACGCGAUCUCUCGUUCUCUGCUCUGUUGCGCGGUCGAUCGAUCGUUUCGGAUACGCGCGGGCUCCUGUGCACCUGCCUUUCUCGUCAAGUGUUCAUCGGCUGCGCCAUCGUCGUCAGCUCUUGUGCGCAAAUUGGGACUCACUCAAGCGCGUUUUCAACGGACGCGCUCGAUUGCUGUUUUGGUGGCAAUUCGGCGAUCUGGGUUUGUGUUUAACGCAACGUGCAGCACUCGCAAAUCGAGGGGCAUUGAAUUGCUGCUGCGGCUAUAUCGGCUCGAGCAAUUGCAUCGACGGCGUAGAACAUGGGUCGGAAAUCAAAGCGAAAGUCUAAAUGCAACCACACUCUGAAAACUUCCACUGGAAAAUUUAACGGCAUCAAAAGUGAUUUAAAAACUGACGAGAUUCCAACGCUUUCAAAAACAAUUCCCAUAGUCGAUCGUCUUGGCUUGCCCGCUUAUCAAACCGACGAGGCAGAAGACGAAGAAUCCGAACUCCAGUUGGAUUUUCGUCCGCGACCUUACUUCGUCAGCAGUUUGUGCUAUGUUUGCUCGAAAGCUUGCGACGACGUCCACUUCGACUGCGAACAGUGCGGAAUGGUGACUUAUUGCUCAAGUCAACAUCGUCAACAGAAUCUCAAACAUCACAAGCAGUUGUGCACUGUGCUCGCAGAAAUUUGCGUAAAGAACAACGGCCUCGAUUUGGCAAGGAACUUGGGCCCCGACGAGUAUCGCAGCUUCCGCGUGGAACUGUUGCGCAUCGUCGAGCAAGCUCUCGGCCGAAGAAUGGAACUUUGUGAACGCGAAAUUCUGCUUUACCCCAAACUCUGUCGUACCUGUCACAGUUCAGACGGCUUGAAGACUUGCUCCGACUGCCUCAUGGAGUUCUUCUGUGAAGAGCACAGAGGUAACCAUGAAGAUCAUUGCGCCGAGUGGAGGGUGUUCCGAGGUGUAUUAGCGAUGCAAGCAGACAGUGGUUUCUUAGCGCCAAAGAUACCAGAUUUCGCGAUUAUUGGGGACGAAGAGUUACCGGAAAACUUUGAUGGACUAAUGAAAACAAUUUUUGCAUUUGGAAAUGACUACGACAGGAUUGACUGCGCUUCGUAUGCCGCUCUCUCACAGGCUGCUAGUCCGGCCUUGACAGCUCGUUACACUCUCCAACUAAGCGCGCAGGGCCACAAACUUACUACGGAAAUGUCUGUUUUAUUAAAAAUUUACAACAUCGAAGUAUUACCUGAAUAUUUAUCAUACAACAAUAACCGCAAAUCUCUUCGCGUACACGUUAUUGGCGCGGAAUUACAAUUCGAGUGUGCAAAUCUGGCCGUCUGGGAGAAGCUGUUUUUACACCUGUUGCCGGGAAUCAAGAGUUUACGGCUCGAGUUCAGUGGUCCGGAACUUCAAGUGCCCGACGAUAUAGCUAAAGUACUCAAAAGACCAAGACUCUGUGCAGGUUGUCGUGCCAAGGGACGUGAAAUUCACGUCGUGUUCCAUUGUGGCAAAUUGUAUCACCAAAUUGAGUGUGAUAGGCCUGACCUUGUUUGCUUAUUCAAUCCGGGCCUCUAUAGGACGACUGGGUUCGCUAAUCAGGACACCUGGCCCCGAACAAUCGAAAAGUUUUGCGAUCACGGAGUGCCGAUUUUGAUAACAUCCUAUACGGAGGUGGAAUUGCCCCGCGACUUGGCUCGCGUUCGUGAAUACCGUGAGCUCGAGGUAGAACAAGAACCCAGACGGAAUCCGUUCGCCUCGUUGAGACCCGAGCGGAAUUUCGUGAGCGACGACUCGGCGCCCCUCAUCUACAAGAACUACUUUCUGAGCGUCGCCCGGGGAAUCCCCGGCCGCUGCAGUGCGUGAUAAGUGUAUUUUUAGCCAGCGCGACACAACAUGAUCUACUUGCGAGGGGUCUACUCACUCAUUGCUCGAUGAUGCUCAAGUGGGUCGUCAAUUGCACCAUGUACUUGUCAUACAACUCGGUAUACUGCUCUUAUUUUCCCAUCCGCUCUUUUUGCCACCACGUGGACGGACACGUUUCACCAAUUCACCAUUGCGAAUGGAAAAGCUUUUUUUUUUGAUAACGAUCUGGUGUGAUUUUGUAUAUCCGUAAAAUGGAUUGCUUAUUAUAAAUCCAUAUCAAGUGUAAUGAGAUCUGUACGAUACACUUUCGAAUUCAAAUAUAUCUUGAUUAUUUCAAUCGAUCAUUUACGAGAAAGUCCACACAAGCCUCCAGGCCUAGUCGAGAUUACG